UGGGACAAUCUGCAUGCACUCAGCUCCAGCUCAGAUCUGUUUCAGUAGGACAGAGUGAAGAACACAGAGAGACAGUGAAAAAUAUCAGGGUUCAAAUGAAGGGAAAAAAGUUAAGAUAGCCAACAAAAGCCUGCCAAGAGAGAAAGCCACAGUUAAAAGAAACUUUCAAAGGCCGGGACUUAAGUGUUUGUAAAAAGUCAGGUUGAGAGACUUUGUGGAGAGUGAAGGGAUAUAAAGUUCUAAAAAAGAAUGGGCUCCCUGAUGAGUUGUGCUGCUGCUCUUCUCUUAAACUCCAUGCUGGCUUUGCUCUUCGGAGUUUCUUCAGUACUGGGCCAAGACUUGAGAGAGAGGGAUGCUCUAUGUAAUGUGGAUGGUUGCUUUGUGGUCUAUUUCCAACGAAAAACCUUCUUGGACUCAUGGAGGGCCUGCAAAGAGAAAGGUGGCAACCUGGCUACCAUCAAAAGAAAGGAGGAUGCCACCACUAUUGCCACACUUUUCUCGACUGUUGACUUGCGCCACUCGCGUGCCGAAGUCCAGGUAUGGAUUGGCCUGCAGCGCCAGCCUCGCCAGUGCACCACUACACGCCCGCUGCGGGGUUUCUCUUGGACUACUGGAGACCAGGACACAGAGUAUACCAACUGGCAGAAAGAUGAUUCCCCUGGUAUGUGCACGGUACCACGCUGUGUGGUCAUGGGCUACAGUAUUCAAGAGCAGAAUGAUAACUUAAAAUGGUUGGAUGGUUCCUGCUCAGUCCCUGUAGAUGGGUAUCUUUGCCAUUAUGCCUACAAAGGAAUGUGUCCUGCCCUUUGGAGAGAAGGUGCAGGCAAUGCCCUUUACACAACACCAUUUAACCUUCUAAGCACACUGCUAACUCAUGUACCCUUUGGAUCUGUUGCUACCAUGCCCUGCCCCAUAGGUACCAAGGAGGAACAGUCAUUUUUGUGUAUGCUAAAGGAAGAUGGCUCAGUGGGGUGGUCAAGAGAUUCCCCUCUCUGCUCUGAUCCCCAUGUAUCGCACAACUGGUGUAACCAGGAUAAUGGUGGAUGCGAACAUUUCUGCAGGCCGGCUGGUGCUCACGUCUACUGUGAGUGUGCUGAAGCGUAUCAGCUAGGAGAAGAUGGGCAAAGCUGUGAGCUGUCUGAUGUUUGUCAAGGGGCCCCCUGUGAGUUUGAGUGCCUGCCCCUUUCAGAUGGGUACCGUUGUGCCUGUCCUGAAGGAUACAUGCUUGCACCAGAUGAACGUGGCUGUCUGGAUGUAGAUGAGUGCCUCCAGAGUCCUUGUGAACAACUUUGUGUGAAUGCUCCGGGGACAUUCGAAUGUCGAUGUCGGGAGGGUUACCAUCCAGAUGAUGAGGGUGGAUGUGAGGAUUUAGAUGAGUGUAUGAAUGACCCAUGUGAACAUGCCUGUGAAAACACUCCAGGUUCUCAUAUCUGCCACUGCCAUCUGGGUUUUUCCCCAGUACCUGAGGACCCAAGCCGAUGUCAAGACACUGAUGAGUGCCAGAUCCCCAGGACCUGUGAGCAGAUGUGUGUGAAUUAUGAGGGUGGAUUUGAGUGCUAUUGUGAGGAAAGCUACGAACUCAUGUCUGAUCACUACUCAUGUCGGAAGAGAAGGGAAGGAGAUGACCAAUCUGCUGUUACCCCUCCUUUUCCUUGGGUCACCCACCGACCUGGGCCUGUAUGGGACCCUGUGGAGUAUGACUGGAAUCCUCAGCAGAGCCACACUGACUGGCCUCCAUUGGAGGAGCAACCUCUGGACUGGCUGACUAAUCCACCCAGAGUUUUGAAUUCUGAUGUCAUUUGGGUUACCAGUGCUCCACAGGAGGAACUGCCCUUUGAUUCAGCACUGGACCCUCUGACACAGGGGGCUGAGAAGGACGAAGAAGAUAUAGACAAUGGGGGCGCUGACCGGUUGAAAUGGGGAGACAGAUAUCAGUCUGAGCUGGAAGUUUUGCCGAACACCAUCUACACCACGCCUCCACCCACCACCAGCUCCAGCACUACCACAGACUUGUACGAAGAUGACAAGGAGACCACCACAGCUCCUCCCUUCCUUUCCGCCUUUACAAUCUCUGAGGGAGCUUGGAAUGGGUGGGCAGCGCAAACCACUUCCAGCCAGAAACCAGGAAAUCCAGAGGAUUCAGUGAUAGACCACAACAUGCCUACGGAUUCCAGCUACCACAGUGAGGAAGAAAAAGAACAGUACCCCCUUAGGGAAAAUUUUGAGUUACCACAGGAGGAGUUGGGGAAGGAGGAAAAUGACUGUGUGGACUGCACACACACUCAACAACCAACUGUUUCCACCCAGCUUAAUCCUUCCCGGCCACCUCUGAGUGAGGGUGGACAGAGUGUUGACAUCCUGGAUUCUGAACAGGAAGACAGUGGGCAGAAACAGAGCAGCACUUGGCUCCUGGUAGGCCUCCUAGUGCCCAUCUGCAUCUUCAUUGUGGUGAUGGUGGCACUGGGCAUCGUAUACUGCACCCACUGUGCUGUUCAGCCACGCAAUAAGAACGUCACUGAUUGCUACCACUGGAUCUCGGGGGCUCAUGAUAAACAGGGAGCUCCUAACCCCUCAGCAGGGGUUAAGACCCAUGUUUAAACAGAGAAGAGAGAAACUGACAUUUAGAUAAACUGUUUUGGAGGUAAGCAGGAGUGACUAAUGAACCUGGUAACAGGCAAGUUAAAAUUUUUACUCUCUCUGAAUGUGGAACUGCACAUUCUUUGAACACAUUUGAAUAUUACUGUUGAAUAUCAACUGAUAGAGGUGGGGAAGGGACACUGAAAACCACUUUUUGGGGGUGGGGUUGCUAUGUCACACAAACUGCUUUGAUGUUUCAUACACUGAUCUGAUUGCUUCAUGAUUGCACAAGGCUACACAGUUAUAAAAUAUUACUGUCUUCAUUAGUAAAAAAAAAUCUGCCAAUAUCUGAGGAUAAUGUGUGUAGACAUUUUUUCGUUUCAGCAUUUCACAGCUGGAGCCAAAUCCUGCUAAGAGCUGUGGAAAACAUUGUAUUGAUGGCAAAAGCAUUCUGCUUUUUGACAUAGCAGAACUUGACUACGAAGUCUCUGUCAUGCAAAAUCCUCAGGCUCAGUUCAUUUCAAUAGCAUAUCACUGUAGAUAACUGUUACUGUCAACUGUGUUAAAAGGAUUUAGAUGCAUUGUUAGCUCACAUCAGCAGUGGGUGAAAGGAGACUCCCUCCCAAAUAUCUUUCCAAGAGAAAAGACAUUCUGCGGUCACAUAAUAAUGCUGGGAAAACAAUCAUUUGAAAAUCACUGUGUUUGAGCUGAAUGGUUAUUAAGAGAUCAAAAUGUUCUUUGUAUAUUGUGGUUCUAUUGUAUUUAUGUUUGUUUCAUACGUGUCACCAACCAUGUAAUAAUUCAAUUAUAUUUUGACAUUUCAGUGACACAGUUUAUGGACCCCAUAAACCUAGUGAUAUGCAGAGGAAUGUCUGUCCACACAUGGGAAUGUUUUUCCCCACUCAUGUCCAGUUUAACAGCACUUCUCCUUUCCUUGACUUUUUUUUUGAAAAGAAGUUAAAGCGCAGAUGUUCAUAUUGCACAAGGAAUGUUUUUAGGGGCUAAUAGCUGAAAUUAGCCUUGACCUUGUUCAUAGAAUGGCCAUCAAUCACCCUUUGUAACCCUAAUUCAUUAGUACAUCCCAGAAGGUUGUGUCUUAAACCAGCCGUGAAAUGUUUUUAUGGCUGUGUUGGAUCACAUUCAACUGUGUGAGACCGCAGUCAUCAUGACAUUUUGCAGUUCCUGGUGCAACUUCCUGCUGCAAAGAUAUUUAACAAUUUAUAAAGACAAUCAGAUCUCAAAUAUUUCAGGUUGCAGAUUGCAAAAUUCCAAAAAAAAAAAAAAAAACA